AUGAAGAGAAUUUCGAGUCAGUUAGAAUCACUCCGAGAACUAUUAGAUCAGGCUUUUUUGGAAAUGAUGAUCGAGCAGCAGCUGCCAGGCUGGACAUUAGUUGAACUAUAUUCGAUAAAAGGGGAAAUGAACAUGGCUAACCUAGGAACAAAAAGGAAAGAAGAUGUGGACAGAGUAAGAGAAUUACGCCAACGGCAUCAAAUUUUGAAGAAAAUUACUAAUUCAAAGGAAAAGGUGAGGAAUGCAACUCAUAAACCAAUUUCAGCGCCUCCAACUUUGGAAAAGAAAGAAAGCAAGUAUUUUAUGUCUUUUGCAAAACACUGGGGCGAUAACUGCAUAAAGUACGAUCGUUAUGAGAAAAGAAUACAACAGAUCCAAGAAUAUCAGUUUUGGUUCAAAAGUUUGAAAGAAGGGCACACAUCCAGAAUGCGCUGCAUUAAGCCGCAAUGUUUUCACUGCAAGAAAGUUCGCAAUAUAUAA